AUGUCUUCAAUCCUAUCAAAAGCUUCUCAAGCCUUUUCUAAUGGUCGUACUAUAGUUCCAGAUAGAUACAGAAACAAAAAGUUUGUCUAUUUGAUUAUCUUGUUGGGUCUUACUAUGGAUAACUUUAACGUCACUGGUGCCUUGACUACUUCAUAUUCCAUAGAAAAGUAUUUUCAUGCUUCUUCAGCAACUGCUUCCUGGGCUCUUUCUGCAUACGCUUUAACAUUGGGUUCUUUCAUUAUUCUAUUCGGUAAGAUUGGUGAUAUUAUUGGACCACAUAAUACUUAUAUGAUAGGUUUGAUGGUGAUGUGCUUCUUUUCUCUUCUAACUGCCAUUCCUCAACCUAGUAUCAUUGCUCUGAUUGUUUUUAGAGCUUUACAGGGUAUAGGUGGAGCUGCCUUGAUGCCAAGUGGUUUUGCUCUUGCUGCAAACUAUUUCCAGGGAGCAGAAUUGGAGUGGGCAAUUCGUUUGCUAUCUAUUGUCUUGACAGGAAGUUUGGGUUUAGGAAUUUUGCUCGGUGGUGUCUUCUCUGUCACAAACAUUGGGUAUCAAGGAUUUUUCUACUUCACCUUUGGACUUUCCUUAACGUGUCUUGUAAUUCUCUUUUUCCUUAUGAUCCCCAUUGAAAAAACUGAUAAUCAUAAGGAAAUGAAGCUGAGAGAUUUGGACUAUCCGGGCGUGUUUCUCUUAGUUGUCGGCUUACUUCUUGUCAUCUUUGGUUUGACCGAAGCGGGAAGUAGUUGGAAGACUCCUAAGGUUUACGUCACUAUUCCUAUUGGUGGUUUACUAAUUAUAUUCAUGGUUUGUGUUGAAACUCUUUACUUUAGGCAUUUCAAGAAUAAUAAUAAUGCUGCUAGUCGGAUAGUCACUAGAGCACAUAUUGAUAUUGAGGACCAGAAUAAAGUUCUCGAUAAGACUGAAUCUGACAAUGGAUCGGACCAAAGCACUAUUCAAAGCUACAGCAGUAUGCAACGUGAUUGGAGAGUGAGGAUUCAAUUGAUUUUUCCGGCUGAAGUCUUCAAGCUUCCCAACUUUUUGUUCUUGGGAAUAGGAGUUUUCUGCUGCUUGUUAGCAUAUGUGGCUUUUGUAUCAGCGUUGAUUCAGUACAAUAUUCUUUUACACGGAAACACUCCUCUUAUUGCCUCUGUUAAAAUACUUCCAAUGGCAGUCGGAACUGUCCUGGGAUCUAUUCUUUACAGAAGCAAAUAUGCAAUAAGAGUGGGUAUUAGAAACACUUUGAUUUUCUCGGCUUCUCUUUUACUAGGUGGUUCCAUCUGGGUUUCAAGAACUGAUUAUAAAGUCAUAAAUGAUUACUGGAAAUUUCAGUUCGCAAGUCAGUUCAUAAUGGGAUUCGGUGUCAACAUAUUUUUCAUGGUUUAUCUUAAUGCUAUCAUGUCCCAAACACCUUUGCAUUUGCAAGGGGUUGUCUCUGGUAUAUUCCAGACCUUUGGACAAGUUGGUGUUGCAAUUGGUAGCGCAUUGUUUACAACCGUUGUUGGGGUUUUGGUGAUACAGACAGAAUCUGCUGCAAAAGAAGAGCAGUUUAAGAAAUUCCGUAAUGCCUAUUACAUUGGUAUUACCAGUGCUAUCUUGUUUAUUGCUUGUCUUUUUGUUAAGGAUCCUUACAGAAAGAGUAAAGGAUCUGCGCAGGGAGCCGAUAGCACUUCUGAAAAUCUGGAUUCUCUGCAAAGUGGAGAUAUAAGUGAAACUAACAAAACCAAUGAAGCUAGUGACACUGCCAAUAAGAUCCAGGCAUAG